CUCAGUACAAUAGCGUCGCGUCUUUUGUGUAAUUAAGAAUUUUGUGGAAACUAAGCGAAAUAAGUUGUGUUUAAUUGUAGUAGCUUAUGUAACGACCGUCAGAAACAUUAACGGGUUCAAAGAUGUCGAAGGCCCAGCAGAUUGAUGACACUAUGGAACUGGACGACAUCCUCAGCCAACCAGUGAAGGAUAAGGAGCGAAUGGCCGCCUUUCUGAUGCGCAAGUUGGCAGAGAACAAGCCGUCGCAAAAUAACAACCUAUUUGGAAAUUUCAAAGUCGACUUUGAACUAGACUUUGAGGUGCCGCUGACCAAGAAGUCCAAACCAAAAGCGCCAGAAGUACAGCCUUUACGCGAGUUGACCAGUCCGUCCAGUUCCGCCUCCGGACAAGCCAAUAAGCCCCCUGUGGACCAGGCCCCCAAUGAGAAUCAGCCACCGGUAGGAUCGCCCCCUUUGUCGCCAAACCAUCGGCGUUCCCUGCGGCGGAGUGGAAAUGUUCCGGGCUCCGACAAACUACGCCGACAUGCCAUUCGCCGGCGAUCCCGAAGCUGUGGGCGCCAAUUGCUCCCGGAAUUUGAAGAUGCUAUUAACGUAACCCGCAGCUUCUCCAGUCCCGUAAACUUUAUGCCGGAAAUAAGCAGCACACCCUGCACAGAGAAACCAAAUGAAAAAGCAGCAGAGUCGGUUAAAAGGAAUGCUGGGGAACCAGCAGAGAAACAGGCGGAGAUACCAUCAGAGAAUCCAGCAGAGAAAACCGUACCGAAACCAACAGAGGAAGCGUCCAUGCCUGAGGUGGAGUCCACUUCCAGGACUUCUCAUCUUGCCGCUGAAAUUGCUGAAAUAUGCAAAGAAAAGCAGUCUUCCUUUCACAGGAAUGUCUUGCAGCUCGACUACACUGGACGGGGACCUUCACGUCCGCAAACACCGCCCUCACCAUCUGUAGCUUUACGACGUACCUACACCAUGCAAAAGGGUCCAUCGCCGGGUCAGCUGCUGCUGUCGCCUUCGCUUCGCAGUUACACACCAGUCAAACUACCAGUGAUUAAGGGUAAUCAAAUCAACCAACAGAUUGUGGUGCCUGACACGCCGCAACGACCCAGUUACGAGCCAGCCUGGCAAUCACAGCCACAGCCGGAUUUUGUCGUGCCGGAAACACAGCCACAGGGUCUGGAAGAGCUGGUGCAGACAUUGUCGCGAAACGCCAGCGGUCCAAUUGUUGUGAUAAACACAACCAAUCCGAAUCUGAGUGCAAGGAAGAAUUCCUUCCAGGUUGAAUCUGUUCCAGCAUCGCCAGUUGCCCAGGCAUCGCCAGUUGCCCAGGCAUCGCCAGUUGCUCCAGCACCGUCAGUUGCCCCAGCAUCGCCAGUUGCCCCGACAUCUUCAAUAAGGGUUGCAUCUUUUGCAAAUCGUUCCACAGUUGCUUCUCCUAAGCCUAACGCAUUAACGCCACGCGUCGUAGAAAAUGUAGACGCCAUAAUGACAGACGACGAAAGCGACGAGCAGCCCAGCACGGUGGCUCUGAAUCUAGCUCCGCCCGGCGGCAACACAACACGCCAGCGUCGCUUGCGCAGCAAAAAUCGAAAUCGUGUUAAUGCCGAGCUACAGGAAAGUUCCAUGCGCCUUCUCAACCUCCACCGGUCGGUCAGUGCCAAUGCCAAGAAGUCGAAGUCCCGAAUGACAAAGGUACCGCUUAAUAAGGCACCCAGUGCCCCCAUCAAUGGCGAGCAGUUCGCCACCGAGCUGACCCGCAUGAGCAACUACGAGAUAUUGGAUCUGCGCAAGCGCAACUCGUUGAACGAGGUAUUUCCUUUGGAUGGACACCGGAAGCGCUGCUCGGAGGAGAAACUUAUCCUAGAAAAAAAAAUCCAGCGGGAGUUGGAGCGAAGAAAUCUUAUGGACGAGGCCGACGGUUUACCUGGUAAACCACCCUCUGAUGAUUCCGACAGUUUAUCUGGUAAACCAUCCUCCGAUGAUUCCGACUACUUGCCGACUUCGCGGAAGACACGCAGUAGAGGUAAAAGCAAAGAAAGGCCAAAUGGUCGAUCACGCUCUAUGCGACGGGGGCUUCCCAUGACAACAGAGCUAAAAAACUAUUUAGGUCUCUCGAAUACAAUGGAGAUUCGGCGAAAACUAUCAAGAGAAGGUAAACGCAGCCUCUACACAAAGGGGGAUUCCAAUGUCGAGGAUUACGAUUCGUCAUCCCCCGUAAAGCUGCCGAGACUAAGCAGAAGUAUUCAAAUUGUUCCGCCACCUCCCGUUUCCUUGCGCUAUUCUCAAUCGCUGCGAACUCUGCGUCGCAGCAGAAAAUUCGAUUUUGAUGAUGUCGUGAUGUCGGCGCCUCCAGAUUUCCACGAUGAACCGAAUAGUGAUACUAUCGAGAUAGCUCCCCCACCGCCGGAGUAUGUUGCAAAUACACGGGUCAGAAGUACAAAUGGACGAAAGAGCAAUAAAGAGGACCUUGUUCCACCUCCACAAGAGUUCAAAAGACACGAGGUACAAAGUGAAGAAGAUGAGCAAAUAACAAGGUCGCAUAACAGAACCAAACCAUCUUUACAAUCCAAUUCGACUAGAAGAAAAACUAGGGACAACGAAGUGGUUCCACCUCCACAAGAGUUCGAAAGACACGAGGUACAAAGUGAAGAUGAUGAGCAAAUAACAAGGUCGCAUAACAGAACCAAACCAUCUUUAAAAACCAAUUCGACUAGAAGAAAGACUAGGGACAACGAAGUGGUUCCACCUCCACAAGAGUUCGAAAGACACGAGGUACAAAGUGAAGAAGAUGAGCAAAUAACAAUGUCGCAUAACAGAACCAAACCAUCUUUAAAAUCAAAUUCGACUGGAAGAAAGACUAGGGAUAACGAAGUGGUUCCACCUCCAGUCGAAUAUAUUGAACCACCAGAGUACAACGAAAAUGAGGAACGAAUUUUCAAUGAAAAGAAACAAAGGAGCUCUCAGUGUAGGGGCAACGAAUCUGAGCAGUCAAAUCUACCAGGACAACAGACGAAAGAAGAUACGCCACCGCUUGAGUAUACUGAACCACUAGAGAACAAUGAAGACGAUAGUCCCAUUAAGCAAACAAAGUCGCAAUUUAAGGGCAAGAAAUCUAAGCGCUCCAAGCCAAAGGAAAAAGUAGUGCCACCACCAUUGGAGUAUAAUGAAACCUCUGAUCGAUUAUCUAGCUCCAAGAAUCCUUCAAAUGGUCACAGAUGUACGGCAGCCGACGAAGAGAUUACUGCCACUCUCAGUAAUUACUCUAAAUCGGAGCACAUGGAGUCUCUCCGUGUAAACACUCCCACGCCCCCGCUCAUCGCGAAGGAACGUGAUAUGCCUAGCACGAAUCGAUCUGCAAUGGAGGCUUCCUUGGCGGAUGUAGUGCCGAGCGCGAAUCAAUCUGCAAUGGAAGCUUCUUCGGCGGAUGUAGUGCCGAACGCGAAUCAAUCUGCAAUGGAGGCUUCUUUGGCGGACGAAGUGCCGAGCACAAGUCGAGCGGCUAUGGAAGCUCUGCAGCGCAGCCAACAAGAGUCAAAGUCGCAGCCCAAAAACUUAUCAAACGGUGAUUUGGUGUUUAAGAAACCAACGGCACCGGCACCACGUGCAAAAAAAGCAAAGAAGACAGAAGUAGACAAGUUAAGGCUUCGCACGAUUCCGGUGGUAAUGGAUGAAGGCGACCACAAUACCUCCGGCAUUCGGCGUUCAAAACGAGGCCAAGUGCCAAUCCAGAUGACUUUUUGCCACACCAUGGAUCCUCGUUCAUUUAGUUUUAUGAGUGACUUUGUGAACCCUUUUGGUCAUAUAUCCAAAAUAAAAAAGGGAAGUGCGAAGAAAACCACAAAGUCAAAGCCAACUGUGCGGCAGGACUCAAUGGUGAACCAAGAACCAACUGUUAGCCUGGAACCAUCGCUGAAUCGGGGACCAUUAUGCAGCAGUACGCCACGAAACCCCGAAACAGGACCGGAGGCAAUGCCGACUUCCGAAUCACUGGGAAUAAGCCCACUGACUUGGGAAGAUACGCCGGUGCAAGCAGUGGUUGAAAAGGUGCAUAAGAAAAGAGGGCGGAAAAAGAAGCAAGUGGAAGUCGUACAAACUGAAACAGAGUCCGAGCGUGAGCCCGAGCCAGAGCCAGAGCCGGAGCCAGAGCCAAUUGCAUCAAUGAUAUCUCCUAUCAGAAAUGAACAGGAGAUGCCCAUCGUAUCUUCUGUAACUCCCGCCAGAGACGAACAGGAGGAAGCCUCAAUUCAACUGAUGCACUGGUUGCGGGGCGUCGCCGAUGCUCAACCCGCUGGCAGCAUGCCAGAAGAGAACGCAAGUGUCUCUACUGCGAAUGACUUAAUUUUCACCAAAGUGGAUAACAUCGACUACGCUUUCUAUAAUACGAAGGAUAAAGCAUCGCUGGGGUAUAUGCGAUUCCAGCCCCACCAAACUCGCAACAAGAAACGUGCCAAAGUUCACCCUUUGAAAUUCGUUGUGCAAUUUGGUGAGUUUGCUGUGCAGACCUUGGUCCCGGGCGAAGAGGAGGAAACGGAAGCUGUGCUACGUGUUGGCGACAUGAUUGAAAUAGAUAAGGGCACCAAAUAUAGUAUUCAAAACGCUAUAGACAGCGUUAGUGUCCUCAUGGUUAUACGGAGUUAAUAAUUUCUUCGUAAUGGUAAAUCCCAGUAGGGGAGUUAAAUUAUAUUAUUUACGUUUUCAUUAGAGAAAAGAAAAAUAUAAAAGUGUUGUUUUGUUAAAAAAUAUAAAUUGUUUUCUUGCUAUUUUUGGCCAAAACUAACCUUAAGGGAAUUUUUAUUCUGUUCCAGUUUAUAAAGAGCUAAGUUAAGCUAAGAGCUUUGUGAAACAAAUAGAAUAUAUUUUUAUUAUUUUUGUAUAG